GAAUAAAGUGGAGUGAAAACGUCGCGUCCCCGCAGGCAAAGCUGUUUAUAACGCAGUGCGCGGGGUCACUCAGAACACGGGUUUUCCAGCGGGACUGGCUACUGGUUUCCUCUUGCCCCCCGCCUCAUAAGCGCCGCUCCAGGCGGGGCCACUGGCGGACUCGGCGCUACUGUCACCCGGGUCGUUCCCGCUCCACCCCCGGGGCGGGACUGCGGGCGGCCGAGGCGGGGCCGGAAGCGGCGGCGGCGGCUCGGCCGAAUUCGGUGGCGCCACGUCUGGCUCGGGGCUCCCUCGGUGCCCGACAGGCGGCGGCGGCGGCGCAGCCGGACCCUCGUCUCGCCUUUCCCUCAGCGGUUGGUUCGUGGCGAGGCCUCAGCGGCAGCAGCGGCGGCAGCGGCCGGGCGCGGCGGCGGCGACAUGUCGGACCUGGGGGACUGGUUCCGGAGCAUCCCGCUGAUCACCCGCUACUGGUUCGCCGGCUCCAUCGCGGUGCCACUCGUGGGCAAGCUGGGCCUCGUCAGCCCCGUCAGCCUCUUCCUCUGGCCCGACGCCUUCAUCCACCGCUUCCAGAUCUGGCGGCCGAUAACGGCAACUUUCUUCUUCCCAGUGGGACCUGGAACAGGAUUUCUCUACUUGGUGAAUUUGUAUUUCUUGUAUCAAUAUUCAUCACGAUUAGAAACAGGUGCUUUUGAUGGAAGGCCAGCAGAUUACAUGUUCAUGCUGCUGUUUAACUGGAUCUGCAUUGUUAUAACUGGCUUGGCAAUGGACAUGCAGUUGCUGAUGAUUCCACUCAUCAUGUCAGUACUUUAUGUGUGGGCCCAGCUGAACAGAGACAUGAUUGUAUCGUUUUGGUUUGGAACAAGAUUUAAGGCCUGUUACCUCCCAUGGGUUAUUCUGGGAUUCAACUACAUCAUUGGUGGAUCAGUCAUCAAUGAGCUGAUAGGAAAUCUGGUUGGACACCUGUAUUUCUUCUUAAUGUUUAAAUAUCCAGUGGAUUUGGGAGGAAGGAAUUUUCUGUCCACACCUCAGUUCCUUUACCGCUGGCUGCCAAAUAGGAGAGGGGGAGUGUCGGGGUUUGGUGUUCCUCCUGCCAGCAUGAGAAGAGCUGCAGAAGAUCAGCAGGGUGGUGGAAGGCACAACUGGGGCCAAGGUUUCCGACUAGGUGACCAGUGAAGAACUCCUGCCCUUGGAAAACAUCAACUCUUCGGUUUUAACUGGAUGUAGAACCGACCCUUCCUGGUGCAGAGCAUGCCUAAAGAACUGAGCUCUCUGUAAUACUCUUGGAUUUAACUGAUUAGAAGGAAUGUUUCUGGUUCAAGAGAAAAUUAAAAACUCCAGAAGGAAAAAAAUGUAGAUCUUGCUCCAGGUUAGCCAGUAGUGUCCAAUUUGAUUCUGCCAUUAAAAAUAAGCCUUCUUUAUACAGUAUUGUCUGCCUGUAACAACAGGAUCCAUUGGCUGUCUUGUUCCAUCAUGUGAUGGAACAAGCUGAUGGUGUUCUAUCUCACCUGGUAUGUUAAAACUUUGCUGACCAUGGUAAAAUAAGGAUCCAGUGUGAGGCAGAUGGCUCAAACAAGCCCCUAAGUUUAGGAAGCUGACCUUUUCCAUAGCUGUGUUAAAGUCCCAGGUUCUUUGGAGACAUUAUUUUAGUGAUAUCUCUCUGCUGCAUUCAUAAAGCAAAUUGCAAAUGUUUCAUUUCUGUUAUUAAGCUAUGUUUUGAGGAGAGUUUUUAUCUUGCUGUGCAGCAUUUGUCUGAUCUGCUACAUCAUGGGCUGGGCAAGCCCAAGAACUAGAGGGCUUUUGUUUGAAAUGUCAAUAACAGAUAUUCACAGAAUUGAAAUCUCUGAACUCUUCAUAGCAUGUUACAAGGCUUGUUCUGUUAAAACUGAAAUUGUCUGGCUUUUUUUUUUUCCCCCUAAGAUCUGUGAAUUCCUGGCUUCAAGGUUUCUGUUUUGAUUGCCAAAUUGGGUAGCAUAAAUACUGCUUAAACUAGAAAAUGUAACAUAUCAUUGUGGUUAAUACAAAGGGUACUGAUUGCAGCAUUGUUUAACUGAAUCUUCAUCUUUCUCUUAAAAGCUUUAAGACAUCAAAGAAUCAAAGCUGGAAAUAAUUUUUUGCAGGGUCAAGAUACAAUAGAACAGAUUGUUUUACUGCAGGACUCUUUCAUUGUCAAAUAAGAAAUUGUGUACACUGUUUAUUAGUAGCUGUACUUUUUUUUUGUAAAAAAUUAUUACAUGGAAAAGGGAAUGAUUCUGUACAGUAGUUUCCUUGCACUGGGUUCCCAUGGGCAGAGCACAUGGCUAAGAUCCAGGAAUCUGUAAUGCCAGCUUGUUACUGACUCGCUGCAUGGACUUGAGCAAACUUCUUACUUAUCCCAGCUUUCCCAGCUGUAAGGAGGACUCGUGCAUGUCUCACAGCAUUCUUAAAGACAGCUGUCCCUGGCCUCCCUUGGAUGGAGCUGCUAGUGAGCCAGGUGAGGCUUAGGUUCACUUAAAUCCAACACUUCACAUAGGAACACAAUUACUCAAAGCUUAACCAAGACUUCUAAGUCAGAAUGUAGUUGCUCACUUUUUGUUUUAUGGUUGGAGGAAGGAGAGCAUUGUCACUAGGAUGAGUUUCAAGUCUGACCGAAUUGCCCUUUAGCACUUGUCUGUCAUUUUACUGGGUAGGUAGGGCACAGAAAGCUGUUCUGCCUCAACUUAGGUAUCUCAGGUAACUGUAAGUAGAUGAAGUCAAUCUGGGCUGAAACAUUUUUAUUACUGCUUUGUUUCAUCACAAAAGCUGGGUUUUGAAGGUGUAAAAACUUGUAAAUACUAUGUGAGGGGAAGCCAAGUGGAAAAUAAGCAGUCGGACUGACAGUUUUCAGCUGGCCUGCUUGAAAUAAAUGCAUGUUCCAUUUCUUCACUGCAACUCAAUUAUGUUGAUUUGGCUCAUGGAAAAAUGUAGAAAACUGGUAGUGUGUUUAAGUUUUAUUUUUACAGGAAGUUGGAGUUCAGCAAUCACUUGCCAUUUUUGUCUAUUCAAUGAUGAGUUUUAAAGAUGCUCUUGUGUCUUUCUGUGUAUAAAAUGGUAGGUAGAAAAGAGGAGUGCAGUGUUGUAAAUACAAAUUUAUCAUUGACCAAUGGCUGAUAUUUGAUGUGAACUUGAACAGUCUGAGAACCAUAAUUUUGAUAGGAGUCAUGGUACAGCUGGUCUUUUUAGUCAUAGUAAUAUCACUGUGCCCAAAGCAUUUGUCUUCAUUUUGAGUCAGGACCCAAUUGUUAAGUGAAGCUGAAGCCCUGGCACACUCGAAUUGUAGAGUAUCUUUGUAUGGAAGGCCUGAAGGAAGGCUUGAGUGAGUGAAAGCAUAGCAAAAGUAAUUGUCCUGGCCCAUUGCACCGUGCUGGGUUUUGCUUUUUAGUACAUCCUCCUCCUCUAAAUUAGGAGGAAAAGGUUAGCAAGGAAUAUAGACUUCUUAUAAGCCUUGAUUAGCUUUUGAGCUGCUUCAGGUCAAUUUACUUUGUUUAUGGAAAAUUCACUUUCAAAUUCCAUAUUACAAGCUCACUUUGUUACUUUCUCACUUUGUCACUUGACCUGAAGCACUGUUUGUCCUCCCACAUACAUUUGACAAUGGCAGUCUCUUGUUAAAUGAGUACCUUCUUUCUUAUUUUGUACAGAUAAUUUCCCCUUUUUGUAAUCAAUUUUUGUUGGCAAAGUUUUAAAUUAAAAUUUUAAUCUCUGUUACUGUCUCUGUUUUGUUAAAUCAUAUUUCAGCUUAAGACAAGCCUUGUGAUCUGCACAUCUCUGGGGAUUGUAUUACAGCUGCACUGUGACACCAUCUCCUGCUGUCGAUAAAAGUACUCAAGAAAAUUACCUGCUUUUGGGUGGGAGUCUUGUCUUCUCUGAUCAGUUGCAAAAUCGUAAAGGCAUUUUCUUUGCCUCUGUUUAUACCAUGAGUUUUGACAGUCUGUGUCCUUCCUGGGCUAUUUAAACACUUUACAGCUGUUUUUUGUAUGCUUGAUUAUUAAUCCUUUGUCCUCUGGGAGAAAGCGUCCUUCUACUCACCCUUAAACUUCGUGGGAUUGAUACAGAUCACAUACUUUUCCAGGGGUAAGCUUGGAAUUCUGCAAUACCCUCUCUGUCCAGACAGAUGUGCAAAGCUGCCAGAAUUCCUUUUGAGGCUCUUACCUCAACUGGUUUGGAGACAGACACAUUGGGCAUCCUGUGAAUGACUCCUCUGGUCCUCGUUGUUCAUCUGACUGCACUUCUCCUGAUGGUUACCACAGUGGCAUCAAAGAAAAUCAUGGAUUUGGUGCAUAAAGCACUGUGUGAAUUUGUUGUGCUCCUUGAACUGGAAAGUCUUGGUCCAUACUAAAUACACCAGAUAGAACAGUGUGGCAAGUGUGUGCCUUUUGAUUUUGCUCCAGCUGCAAAAAGAGUCAGCAGAAGAACCAAGAAUAUGAAAUCAAAUGCUUCAUCUUUCAUUCCUAUUGCUUUGUCUUGGUGAUAACUCCUCUCUAAACACGGCCUGGUGAUGUGGUGUUGCCAGUGACUUAAUGAGAAGCUGGAUCUGUUGCCAUCUAAUGGUCACACUAGAAAAACUGAGAGUUUAAUUCUCAGAGUAGCAUAUUGCUUGCAAUACAACGUAAGAUUCUGUGUUUGUGUAUCCCUGUGUACCUUAUCAGGGAGGAAGACUGCUUUGCCCUGAUGGUUAAGGUAGUGAGCUGGAGAGAUAACACUAAUUUACAGUCUGAAGCUUCUGAUAUAACAAGUCACCUAAUGACUUUGUAAUCCUGUUCUGCAUCCAUAAAAUUAAGAUGAUUCAUA